AUAGGGCGGGUGGUGAGGGGCUGCUGCAGAGCUUGGUGGCACAGGGGAGACGGCUCCUGUCCCGGCACCAUGGGCUGGAUCCUGCAGACCCUCUGCUUGCUGCUGCUCAUCUCCUCCUGCCCCUGCGCCGUUAUCACCGGGGCCUGCGAGCGGGACCUGCAGUGCGGCAGCGGGACCUGCUGCGCCGUCAGCCUGUGGCUGCGGGGGCUGCGGAUGUGCACCCCCCUGGGGCAGGAGGGGGACGAGUGCCACCCCUUCAGUCACAAGGUCCCUUUCUUUGGGAAGCGCCAGCACCACAGCUGCCCCUGUUCACCCAACCUCAUCUGCUCCAGGUUCCUCGACAGCCGCUACCGCUGCUCCGUCAACUUCAAGAACAUUGAUUUUUAGGGUGAUGCUCCUUGUUCUCCAUCCGUGAGCCCCCAGCACCCAUUUCUUGCCCUCUUCCAUCGCCAUUGGGUGCCCACAUAGUGCCAGGCAACCUUAAAAGUGCUUUUCCAAGGUAGAAAGUGUUGUUAUAAACUGUAUGUUAUAUAGGGAAACUGAGGCACGGUCAGGCCAAACUGAUGUGGCAUGUGGCUCUGCCCCAGCCUUUAGCAGAUUCUGACUCCAGCAUCCUCUGGGUGGAAGGACAGUGUGUGUGUGCCAAAUGUCUGUGGCCCCAGAAACCCCUUUCGUAAGGGAUUUGCAACUCCUACUGGAUAAAUCAUUCCUGUAAUGAUAAUUUCUAUUGUGAUAUUGCCCGACCAUGUCUUAUCCGUGUGUUUCUUCCCUGGAAGCAGCUCUUCAAGGUGGUGAUGAAUGGUCUAACAUAGCCUGCAAUUAAAAGGAGCCACACUCAAGUAGCUGUGGGGAAUUAAGGACUGGGUUUUCCCAACGUUCCAGCAAUGCAGUGUGUUUGGCAGAGGCCGAGGCAGGGUGCCAGGUGUGGGUCUUUGGGGUCUUUUGGCCUCAGCACCUGCCUGUGGCUCAGACACCGUAUGAGGACUGGAGGCUUCUCUAUGUCAGCUGAAUUUGAGAAGGGAAUGGGCUACUCAGGUUACCUUCCUAAUAAAAGUGAUCCCAGA